UACCAUCAGCGUUCAGCGUCAGAAGUCAUGAUUCUCUCACAGAACAAAUGGCAGUGUUAUUAUAUAGUAUGUGAACCUACUACUGGUGGACUCGUUUAGUCAACAACAAUGUCUUCCUCGGCUCAGGAUGCCAUUCCACAACUUGACCUGGGAAACACGUUCGGGGCACUUUUUAUUGGCGUUAUCCUGGCAGCAGUUCUCUUCGGUCUAACCAAUGUUCAAGCCUUCAUCUACUUGCAGGCGCAUAGAAGCGCGGGGAUAACAUUUUUCAAGCUGGUUAUUGUUUCCCAAACUUUUAGGAUAUCUGAUGCUCUGCACCUGGCAUUGACAAUCCAUUGCGUCUACUAUUAUCUGGUAAUAACUAUGCAAACUUCGGCGUGCUCACGGAAAUCGUAUGGAGUCUCAAAUUUGUAUGUCCAUCGCAUAUGGAAAAUAAGCGAAGGUCGAUCAAGAGUUCUCCCGACCAUAUCAUUGGUGGGUUUGCAAUCGGGCCCUCGCUUGGGAGCAGAGGUGCUGAUAGCGAGUAGAUAUAGGGUCAAAUUUUUCGAGGAUUUGGCUAAGGCCAUGUGGUCAACAUAUCUGUCUUUAGGAGCAGCCACUUUUAUCGAUAUUAUCAUCACAUCAUCGCUAUGUUAUCUCCUCGCCACUUCACGUACUGGGUUCUCUUGGUUACUCAGUACCGAUUCAUUCAUAACAAAGCUCGUGGGCUAUACCGUCUCUGUUGGUUUCCUGCAGUGUGCUGUGAUGCCGACAACCUUCAUCUUCAUCGGGCUUCAAUCUUUAGUGGCUAAAUUACAUGUCAACUCGUUUAUCGCACUCCUGAAUGCGCGAUACUAUAUGCAGGCCAACGCAAUUGUCGAUCCUCCCCAACUUUAUGAGCACCACGGCGUCUAUCGCCAGGAACUCCACACCAGUGGAUCGCAAGAUGAAGAGUUUCACAAAUCCCAGGGGAACCCUAAGGAUGAGGUACUGCAUAUCACGCAACCUAUCCAGGGUAUCAUGCCACAGUCAACGACAUCGACGAUGGAAAUGAAGUCUCUCUCGUCAUUAGUGUGACAUGUUAACUAUGUGUCUGAUCAAGAAAUGACACCUACAGAAACAUAGUUUGUGUUCUAAAGUUAUCUUUACUGUUCAUCGUACGGUUAUGUUUAUUGGUUUUGCGAGUACAGUGUACAAUUGGGCAUGACUUUAUCGUUUGAAUGUUCAGCCACAAUAAUAAAGCUGCUCCCUUCUAACCAUGAUGCAUGACCCGGCAUUUAGAUAUGCGAUUG